AACUGCUGGAGCGUGACGGGUAGAUUCCGAGAGCCACAGACAGACGUGCAGCGCCUACCCAUAAUUCCUUACCAUUUCCAAUCUUCAGCUGGACAUCUCUUCAUUUAAAAUCGGAGGAAAAAAAGAAAUAUUAGAAUGUGUGUUUGAACCUCUUUCAUCAGAAUUUUACAAAGUCUGAAAAAAAAAUUUGAAUUUCUAGACUCAGGAAUGUUAAUUUUGAAUUAAGGGAGAGCGACAAAUCCAAACUAUGACUUGGAGGCUGGACCAGGUAGUAUUCCUGGCCGUGGUCGUCAUGGCGACCAUCACGCUGUGUGAUAAGAGUGUGUUCGACUGGGUUCCGAAAGAUAAUUACGGUAAAAUAAACGGUCUGAUGACCGACAUACAGAAAUCCUAUGACUGCAAGGGUAAAACCCAACAAUCCAUGACUCUGCCCAAAGACACCGUCUCACAGAUUCCUCGAGCCAAUCAGCUGUUAAACAAAAUCUGGUACACAAACAGAUCUUCUCUUGUUCAUAUGCACAACAUGGCGCUGAACAGGGCUUAUUUCUUUAGCUACAUAUUUCAAAAGUUGAACAAAUCUCAGUCGGACUUCCAGUACCAGCCAGGCUGGUUCUAUAUGUAUGUGUCCACUACAGCCGACGUUAACGGCAACAAGGGCAUUUUUAACGGCUCCGCUGUGAUGUUCGACAACCACACACACUAUCCAAACUGGAUGACGAACCUUGACUUCAACACAACGCUCCCCUUGUUCGGCGUUAACUCUUUCCGGUUUGACGAUACUUUCGAUAUGGGAGUUAUACUACGUGAACCCACGGGAAGAACAACAUUAGUACAAGAUAUAGGUGCUAUCGGAAAUUAUACGCACAAAGGAUAUAAGAUGGCACCCUGGUAUAAUUUUUGGCUGCCAGAUAACGAACCUACACUAGAUUCAGUGCAAAAAUUUACCUACGCGUGGAACGUGAAGUACGCCAAUGGCACCGGCCGCUUCCUCCACGAUGAAUUUCAGACCACGCCUUUUUUUGGACCGAACUCUCCUGGUAUCGGGGACACUGAUGACAAAUACAUGCCUGUCCGUUUUACGGACGUUUACUAUGACUGUAAAAUGUCCAACAAAUGGAUUCUAAGCGCCGUGGCUCCGAUUGUAGAUUUUAUGCCGAGAUAUUCUAACUAUACCCAUCUAAGGAGACCAAGGUUUGUCGGUGUAACAGUGAUGGACAUCAGUUUCCUUAAGGUAGACUUCAACGCUUGCCCGGUCAGUAUUGGAAACCCUGGCCCAAGCUUCCUGUCUGGAGUCAGUAAAUGUAAAACCAAAACCACACAAUGUAAGCAUGUAUCCGGGAAAGGAUUCAAGCGAGGGGCAUAUGUGUGCAUUUGUAACUCCGGAUACAGUUACCCCCCAAGGGUUGGUCCUCCUUGGAAAGGUGGGGAUUAUGAGAAAGCGACUGAAUUUGAAAUCAACGUUGGCUACAACUGCAGACCAACUGGAUUUCUUCGUGUACUGCCUGUUGUUGACACGAGUUCCAUCAAGGUUAACGUGGAGGGUGAUUCCGGAUCCGAUAUAUUCCUGACGGACCCCUACACCGGACGCCAGCUCAAAUCCAUCAACGUGAGCGAGGUGAACGGACCUACCAGUAAAAAAACAAGUCAAAAACCGGUCAAAACAGUGAAAAGAAAGCCAGUCAAGAAAGACUAUAUUGAUCAGGAAUUCAAUGAGAAACAGAAACCAAUGAAGAAGAAGAACAAGAAGAGGAAGAGGCGAGAAGCACAGUUUGAUCAAAUAAGUUUUGAUAGAAUGCAGUCCAUCUUUCGCAAAAUCAAAAACAUUAACAAAGAAAAUUGUAAAACGUUUUCUAACCGCGCCAGGCUCCUACCUGGGGAUGUGGGCUAUGGCGUGGAGACACAGUUUGACCCCCAGGCAAGGUUCGCUCUUCGAAUCUCUCACCUGCUGAGUAACUGGUAUCAGAACGUGAUUCCUGGCGAAAACUUUGGUUACCUAAAAGGAGGAAACAGGAUCCACCACGAGCUGAUGUUCGGCGAGGUGCUCGCCAACGUGAUGGCCGAUUACAAGGUCUUGUCCAGUGGGAUUUACUUUGAACCACACGUGUUCGAGGACUGGGACGGGAAAUCGCGGGAGUAUUUUGGUCCGUUUGCUUACAAGCGGGACAAUAAUGCGUUUGCUAUUGAUACAGCCGGAUUCAAAACCAGAUACACGGAUGAGGAUUGGUACAGUAAGAUUCGACAGAGAUGGCAAACCAACACGGCGGGUCUUCUCAAGUACAGAAUGAAGGCAAAGGUGCGCUCUGACAUUAAAGGAUCCAGUUCAGUCAACUUUGAGUACUACCCAAUGGGGUACAAAGCGCCCAGUGUCACACACGGAAUAUGGAGUCAGCCUUACUUCCGAUGUGACGGCCGCGUGGACGCAUGGGUAAUGACAUAUGCGGUGCCGUUCAUUGGUAUGGAUCGCUUGCGAACAAAACUCCAAUUUAAGGGCGUGGUUACGGUGGACGUGCCUUUGCAGGAACUAGAGAUCAAUCAGUGUUACCAGUCCUACAACAUCCAGAACGCCUUCAAAAACACUGCCAGGUGUCAUUACGCGUCACAAACAUGUUCUCCCAUCGCCGGAUACAAGUUCUCCCGGGGUGCCUACAAGUGCGCGUGUCGUCAAGGUUACGAGUACCCGUUCAGAGACGGACGGAACUUCUUCCAGGGGUCGCUGGUAGACAUCGAAUACGAAAAGAAAAUGGCCGGCCUCUUCAAUCUGUUUGACUCCAUAAAAUGCCGAACGCAGGGCGUCUCCAUGGUGAUAUGCAAUACUCUCACACUGGUUGCCAUGACACUCAUCGCCUUCCUUAGCAAAAACCUCUGAGCUCAUCUGCCAAAUAUCAUCGUCCUAUCAUAUAUCGAUCUCCGGAUUGUUACGUCAUUACCAUCUCAUACUCAAGAGUGAUAAUUAAGUGCUUGAACGUGUGAUAUUAACUGGGCGUGUGUGAGAAAUCGGUGAAAUCCCGACCGUUUGUAUCAAAACGGUCUUGUUAUUGAAUACAUGCAUAAUGGUUGGUGUAAAAGACGUCACUGUUUCACCAUAGAAUAUUUUACUUUACAUUGGUUUUACAACUCAGUUUCUUAGCUGAUAAAGUAAAAUUUUAAUCAAUAGUUCAAAUGAAAUCCAUUUUAGAAUAACGAGUUUUUAUGAUUUUUUUUUUUUGCACCAGCAAUUACUUUUUGUUCCAUGAAAUUUUUAUUGCUGGAAUAACUUUGUAGAUGAAAUCCAUGUUUGAAUUUUUAUUGCAAGGAAUCCAUUUCAAAAUGUUGUUUGUAUAACAAUGUUAUAUAUUUUUAUCUUACUGCUUAUGCAAUAAACAGUUAUACAUUUACA